AUGGGCUUUACUAAUCUCCCAGCCGGCACUGGCCUUACUGUGCUUAAUAACUGGUUGCUGACUCGUUCUUAUAUCACCGGCCACGCUCCUACACAAGCCGAUGUUGCCUGUUUCAAGGCUCUCAAGAGUUCUCCGGAUAUUGCCAAGUACCCCCAUGCCGCUCGAUGGUUCACACAUAUCGCCACUUUUGAAAGCGAAUUUUCUACUCUUAGUGAAGAUGCCACCAAAACCCUAUACUCUGAUGAUGAUAAUGAUGACGUCGACUUGUUCGGUAGUGACGAUGAGAAUGAGAAUAAAGAAGUAGUCCGUAUCCGCGAGAAACGUCUAGCUGAGUACCGCAAGAGGCGGGAGGGCAAAGCCAAGCCCGCUGCUUACUUUGCAGAUGAUGAUACUAGUAUGGUUGCCCUCGAAGCGGCUGUUCGUGGUAUUGAAAAGGAUGGCUUGGUAUGGGGUCAAUCUAAGCUAGUAGCCAUUGGAUUCGGCAUCAAGAAGCUGCAGAUCAAUCUAGUUGUUGAGGAUGACAAGGUGUCUACUGAUGACCUUCAGGAGCAAAUUCAGGAUUUCGAGGAUUAUGUUCAGUCUUCUGAUGUUGUUGCUAUGCAGAAGCUUUAA